AUGUGGGGGCACAGAGUGAUUAUUCCAAGCGCGUGCCGGGAGCGAGUCCUAAAGGAGCUACACGAUUCCCACAUGGGCAUGGUGAAGACGAAGGCGUUGGCGCGCAGCUAUGUAUGGUGGCCCGGCCUGGACGAGGCGGUGGAGAGGGUGUGCCGCGCCUGCGAAGUGUGCGCCGCAGUGGCCGCCGCACCGCCGCGCCACGUGCCCUGCCCGUGGCCAUAUCCUAGUCGUCCUUGGUCUAGAGUACAUGUCGAUUUUUUGGGGCCUAUUUCGGGAACAAAAUAUCUAGUACUUGUUGACGCUUACUCCAAAUGGAUAGAGGUGACGAGCAUGUCUACCACUACAGCUAAAGCUGUCCUGAGUAAGCUGCGAGAACAUUUUGCGAGGUUCGGUUUACCCAAGCAGAUCGUUAGUGAUAACGGUCCGCCGUUUGCGAGUGAGGAGUUGCAGGCAUUUUGUAAACAAAAUGGUAUUGAACAACUCUUUUCGGCACCUUAUCACCCCGCCUCUAAUGGCCUUGCUGAAAAUGCAGUGAAGCUGUGCAAGAGGGUUAUUAAGAAAGCUAUAGUUCAAGUUGUCAACGUAGACGCUGCCCUAAGCAGAUUCCUACUUGUGUAUCGCAACACUCCUCACAACACUACAGGGGAUAGUCCGGCCCAGGUAUUAUUAGGUAGGCCGGUACGUACCCGACUCGAUUGUCUUAAGCCAGACCGAGAAAAACGGGUAAAUUCUUUCCAACGACAGCAUCAAGCUACUGCAGACGGAAAACCUCGAUCGUUUAAUGUAGACGAACUAGUUUGGUUUAAAUUAUUUAACACCUCAGGUCCUAAUACUUGGGGGAAAGGAAAAAUGUUGGAACGAAUGGGGGAGACUGAUUAUAGGAUAGAAACGUUAACAGGUAUAAUGCAUCGGCAUAUAGAUCAAUUAAGGAAACGUGAUUCAAGUGGUGAGGGAAUUGCACAACGUAAGAAUACGCGUAUUUAUCCACCGAGUUGUUUACCCGUAGCAGAAGCUACAGAGCAUGCGUCGAGCUCGAGGUCGGGGGAGAGGGAAGGCACUAGCGACGACAACAUCGCGCGCCCGGCGCCGGUUCCGAACCAACCCGCGGAGCAGGCGCAGCCUGGCUCGCCCGCCACUGAACGCGUGCGGCCCGAGUAA